GCUUCUGCCCUGGAGCGCGGUCUGUAGUAAAAUCGCUGUAGUGGGAGGGGAGUGAGCCAGCGGGAUUUCGAGCCGCGGAGCGCGCUGACCUCGCUCCGCCUGAUGACUCCGGAGCUCGGGUCCAAGCACCGCCCAUGCAGCACCCCUGAGCUCCGGGGAAGGAGAGUUAAUGAAAAAACACUUAACCUUCUCCGCUGCGGAGAGUCAUGAGCUGUCUGGAUGUUAUGUACCAAGUCUAUGGUCCUCCGCAGCCCUACUUCGCAGCCGCCUACACCCCCUACCACCAGAAACUAGCCUAUUACUCCAAAAUGCAGGAAGCCCAGGAGUGCAAUGCCAGCCCCAGCAGCAGUGGCAGCGGCAGCUCCUCAUUUUCCAGCCAAACCCCAGCCAGUAUAAAAGAGGAAGAAGGCAGCCCAGAGAAAGAGCGCCCACCAGAGGCAGAGUACAUCAACUCCCGCUGCGUCCUCUUCACUUAUUUCCAGGGGGACAUCAGCUCCGUGGUAGAUGAACAUUUCAGCAGGGCCCUGAGUCAACCCAGUAGCUACUCUCCCAGCUGUACCAGCAGCAAAACACCAAGGAGCUCUGGGCCCUGGCGAGCUCGUCGUUAUUCCCUCUGUGGUGCAUCCCUCCUGAGCUGAUCUGCUGACCCAGGGUUUCCCCUUCCCCUUCCCUUCUGACCAGACUUGGAGGCUCAGCAUCUGUGCCUCUCACUCCGUGGAUGAGGACAUGGGGGAAGGCAGAGACUUCAGACUUCUCAGUGUAUUGGGAAAACCAAAAACCACAAUUACAGAAAUUCAUCUAAAAAUAAGUCCUGCUGCUGAAAGAGCAAAUCCAAAGACUCCGAGUUAUGUUUAAUGACUUUUGGCCGAAUCACUGGAAAUAUCUGUGGUGAGAUUGCUGAGUCAGGUGAUAUGAUAUCAUAAGCUUUCUUGGAAAGGGGGAAAGAAAAUGAAACUUUUUGGUGUGAAUAUUUUUUAUGCUGAUGUGAAUUAUUUGGUUAGGUAGUGUGAUUAUAGCACUACUACUGUCAGAUUUUAAAUUGUAUGUGUACUUGCAUUUAAGACUGUGGUAGAGAAGUAAAGAGAAGUCAAUUCCUUCUUCCUCACCUCUCAGCCUCCAGAUCCCUUCCUGCCCAUCCCUUCCCUACAAUGCCCACUCCAGACGCAAAGAUACAUUUUUUUCCUUUGGACUGUGAACAUGGAAGCCUCAGCCUGAAUGUGAGUGGCAAGUGGCUUAUCUGGAACCACCUGCCCAAGUCUUACUAAAAUGCAGCUGUUGUUAGACAACUGUUUAAAACUCCAGAAAUACAUCACCCAAGGUGGCACUUCUCAGUAUUUGGCAGAACAAUUGCAAUUGCACUGGAUAUAUUUUUUAUAUAUAUAUAUAUAUGUAUGCAUAUAUAUCAUGUUUUUUACAAGGAACAUUUUACGAUGAAAGAAGAAACGCUUCUCUGCCUUCUCUCCCACGAAUUCUGUCCCUGUAUCCUCUGGAUGUAAAAAGCAAGGAAAGACCCCAACUGUCUCCAUGGAGAAGAACUAGGAAUCACCACAAGGGGAAGAAAUGUACAAGAAGUCUCCAUUACCUCGAAUUUUUUUCUCAGCCUCUCUGGUUGCGAUUUGGUCACUUUAGUGUUGGGGCAGGGGAAAGGGUCUGUGCGUGGGCAAAGCUGAAGGUGAUAAGGAAGAAGAGAUGAACAUUAAAGAUGUCUAUUUACUAUGA